AGGAGGAGGAGGAAGAGGGAGGGAGUGGAGAUCCCGGCGCUCAGGGCUCGGCGCUCCGUCGGCAGAUCCAGUGCGUUCUUUGAAGUGCGCGCAGCCGGCCAGCCUCUCCGUUUUCUUCGGAGACACAAAAAAAUAAAAGGCGGCGGCAGCGGCGGCGGCGGCUCAUCAUCGGUGACGCCCGCGCGUUAAGCGGAUCAUCCCGUCGGGUGAACCCCGGAUGCACGCAGCAGAGCGCCGGAGGCUCCUGUGCGGGGAGCCGCGGCACACCGAUCUGAUCCCCCACGCGCCUCGCCGCCCCGGACCGCCCUGCGCCCCCCCUCGGCAUGCUCGCUAAAGGCUGCCAGCCCCCCGCAGUGCCAUGCUGAAGCGCCCGUUCCGACUCCUUCUGGCUCUCAUCGCCACCGCCGCUCUGCCCCGAUGGUGCCAGUGCUGGAGCGACAAGGACCUUCUGCUGCCCCCCAUCAACUCCUCCAGUAAGUUCCUGGCCAACUUGGACAUGGACGUGAGGUACUCCAAGAGGUCGGUGGAAGACAGCGAGGCGGCCGAAGCCUCGCUGCAGCCCCUGUGCAACGUCAGCGUGCAGCGGGUGAUGUCCACCUCGCUGGUGGCCCGCUGGGACCGGCACUUCGGCUUCCUGUGCGACGUGGUGCUCUACACCACCAACAACCACGGCCGCUCCAUCUUCUCAGCCGCCUUCAAUCGGGUGGCGCCGCCCGUCCUCAUCGAGCACCUGGGCGUGACGGGGGGCCAGCAGGAGUUCCGGCUGUGCGUGGGCUGCGGUCUGUCCCGAGGCCGCCGCUUCAGCUCCGCCCGCUCGUACGUGCCGCAGGUGGGCGCCGAGCCGCUGGCUUUCUGCUGCCUGGAGUUCGGCUUGGACGAGUUGAAGGGAGACAGCAGCUGGAGGCUCAACCGCAAGCCCAUCGAGUCCACGCUGGUGGCGUGUUUCAUGACUCUGGUGAUCAUCGUGUGGAGCGUGGCUGCCCUCAUCUGGCCGGUGCCGAUCAUUGCAGGGUUUUUGCCCAACGGCAUGGAACAGAGGAGACCCCGUUAAGCAGGUCGGGUGCGACCACUUCAGUCUCUUUGAACCCGGCCGCUCGCCCCCUUG